AUGCCAUUCACUCCUCUCACUGAAAUUGACCCGGAAAAGGCGAGAGAAGCGCCACGACGCGUGUGCGAAGUCUUCGGAGUACCCUCUCUACAUGACUUCCAGGAGCAAGCAGGCCAUAAUGCACUCAAAGGGCGAAAUACCAUCCUUGAUGUUCCGACUGGUGGUGGAAAAACACUUGCUUUCUACUACCCCCUUUUCUACUACUGGAGUCAAAAUACUAGUGACAGCAAGAACCAGAAGAUCAUCCUCAUCAUCAGUCCGCUCGUGGGUCUCAUGGAGUCCCAGGCCAAGGUCUUGAGAGACAGAGGUAUUCCGGCAGUAGCAAUGACUUCUGUGACAAAGGAUUUGGACAAGGUUCUCAAGGAUUUCGGCAACAACCAGUACCGCGUGGGUUUUGUAGGGCCUGAGAUGGCUGCGAGCUCUCACUUCCACAAACUUGUUGUCGAAAGUUCACCAUUCCAACGUAACAUUAUCACUGUAGAUGUUGAUGAAGGGCACGAGAUAUCGGAGUGGGGCACAGAUGAUUUCAGACCAGAGUACUCCUGUCUCUCCCAACUCCUCGCCAAACUCCCCAGUGGUGUCCCUGUUCUCACUGCUUCUGCCACUUUGCCACCGGAGAUUAUUCAGGAUAUCGAGUCGAAGCUUGGACUAGGUGACAAGUGUGAACGUAUAUCAGUCUCGAAUGAAAAGCCGAAUGUUGCCCUCUCUGUUCGAAUUAUACAGCACCCUUUGGAUUCAUUUGCGGACCUUGCAGCUUUAUUCCCGAUUGACCCCACUGUCACGAAGCGGCAGAGGUGGAGUGACUAA